CUAUUCUGCAGCAGUAGCAGUUUUGUAUACAAUAAAGAAAAUAAUUAUAAAUUUAAAAAAAUUAAUUUUACUUGUUGAAGUUAGUGUCUAUUACAUUAUACAGAAGAAUUUAAUUUUUCUGAAAUUAUCAGUUUCCGGCUAGUGAGUGUUUAUAGAACUCUUAAUCUAAUCAGAUUCAGGAAGAGAGGCCGCUCAGCGACAUCAGAAUUAAUCGUCAAAUGCAAAGUUCAAAGUUCGUAUAUCAGGUGACGUACAUGCAGUGAAUGCUUAUGAAACGUUUUGUAUUCUUCAUAUUAGAUCGAUUUAUUUUUAUCUAAACAUUGGAAUAGACGACAAAUUAUAACAAAAUGACGGAAAAAAAUGGUAAUCUAAUAAUGGCUGAAUCCCUAAAACAACAGGGAAUAAAGUACGUUUUUGGUAUAAUGGGUCAUCCAGUAAUUGAACUAGCAUUAAACAUACAAUCAGUUGGUAUUCAAUAUUUAGGAUUCAGGAAUGAACAAGCAGCAUGUUAUGCUGCUCAAGCUUAUGGCUAUUUGACAAGGAAACCAGCUGCUGUCUUAUGCGUAUCGGGACCUGGAUUACUACAUGUCGUUGGAGGUAUGGCGAAUGCACAAAUUAACUGUUGGCCACUUGUAGUAUUGGGAGGAUCGUGUCCAACUGAUCAUGAAGGUAUUGGUGGAUUUCAAGAAUGUCCCCAAGUGGAAGCGUGUCGACCCUACUGUAAAUAUGCAGCGCGACCUCCAACUGCAAAUUUAAUACCCUCACAUGUUGAAAAGGCAGUUAGACUUGCAACAUAUGGUAGACCAGGUGCAGUAUAUAUCGACUUACCCGCCACUUUGCUUCAACAAAAAGUUGAUGAGCAUAAUAUAGUAAAAGUUUCACAGUGCCCACCACCUCCUCUUAUAUAUCCUCAACUGGAAUUAAUUGAGAAUGCCGUUGCCUUAAUUACUAAUGCUAAAAGACCUUUGGUAAUUAUCGGAAAAGGAGCUGCAUAUAGUCGUUCAGAGAAACAGAUAAGAGAAUUGAUUACAUCAAGUGGUUUACCCUUUCUUCCUACUCCAAUGGGUAAAGGAAUUGUACCCGAUGAAGAUGUAAAUUGUGUAUCAAGUGCUAGAACAGCAGUUUUGCAAAAUUCUGAUCUUAUAUUACUGUUGGGUGCUAGAUUAAAUUGGAUGUUACACUUUGGACGUCCACCAAGGUUUCAAAGUGAUGUCAAAAUUAUUCAAAUAGAUAUUUGUGCCGAAGAAUUACACAAUUCCGUUCCAGCAAGGGUGGCUAUUCAAUCUGAUAUUGCUCCAGCUGUAGAAGGGAUAACUAUUCUUCUUAAGAAGAAAAAUUACCAUAUGAGUAAGAGUAAUCCUUGGUGGAGGAACAUUAUUUCGUCCGGUGAAAAAAAUAAAGAAAUUAUUCAAAAACUAGCUUUAGACACGUCAGUUCCUUUGAACUAUUAUGCAGUCUUCAGAGAAAUUCAAAAUAUGAUACCAAAAGAUAGUAUAAUUUGUUCAGAAGGAGCCAAUACUAUGGACAUUGGUCGAACAAUGUUACUUAAUAAUUUACCACGGCAUAGAUUGGAUGCUGGGACUUUUGGCACUAUGGGUGUUGGACUAGGUUUCGCAAUAGCUGCUGCUCUUUAUUGCAAAGAUAAUGCUCCUCAUAAGAAAGUGAUUUGCAUUGAGGGUGAUAGUGCUUUUGGUUUUUCUGGUAUGGAGAUAGAGACAAUGUACAGAUAUAAGUUGCCAAUUAUUAUUAUUGUGAUAAAUAAUAAUGGCAUUUAUGGAGGAUUGGAUACUGAAACUUUUCGACAAAUUCAACAGAGUGGAACACCAACUCAAGUAAUUCCUCCGUUUGCAUUAACAUGUGAAGUACAUUACGAAAAAAUAAUGGAAAUGUUUGGGAAAAAGGGUCACUAUUGCACAACAAUUAAACAGAUUCAACAAUCAUUGAAAGAUGCAUUUCAAAUUAAGGAUGAACCAUCAUUGAUAAACAUUAUGAUUAAUCCUCAAGCUGAUAGGAAAGAACAAAAAUUUGCUUGGUUAACGGAAUCAAAACUUUAGAGAUUGGUAUUAAUUUUAAUAAACAGAGGGCAAAUCUGAAUGUCAAUCUGGGUGAUUCGAACGACUCCACUGAUGUAGACUCCAAAUUGCUGCAGAGUGGUGUGCUGAAAAAUGAUUAUGUUUUACAUUCGUCUCAUCAAGGUAUAUUUUUGCCUUUACUAUAUAUUCUUACUUCUUUUACUCCGUUAUUCAUUAAUUAUAAAUUAAAAUUUUUUAACAUUUUUGUAAACUAUAUGAAUUAAUUUUCAAUUACGAAAAUUAACUUAGAUUAUUACCUAUAAUAUUUUGUUAUUUAAUUUAUUUUUUAUUUGUUAAUUUAAAAAUUGACAUUUCAUUCAUGUACAGUAAAACGCAGCGGAUGAACUUGUCGCACUCAUUUGUUUCCAUUAUGUAUAGAUAUGAGGACGACAGGGCGCUUAAAUUAUUAUUAAGUAGAGCUAAGUAAUUUAAAUAAGCUGAAAAUUAUAUAAAUGAUAUAAAAUUUGAAUAUAAAUUUUUUUCCAAUUGGAAAUAAGAAUAUAGUUAUUAAAUAACAAUUACUGAAAAUAAAGCAUUUCUUGUAUAAUAAUUACAAAAAAUAAUUUAUUAAUUAUUUUACUUGCGAAAUGCUUUUAUUAUAAUUUUGACAUAUAUAAUUUUAUCAAGAGAUUUAAUUAAAACACAUACAUAUCUAAUAUUAUUUUUAAGAGUAAAUAAUAUAAAUUAUAAUUUAUAAUAUACAUUUAAUUAUUAUUUCCUGUAUUGUGAUAUUUAUAUUUUUUAUUUAUGUGUUCCGAUGUUAAGUAUCUAGUAUUCUAUUUUUCACUCGCCAAUUUGUGGAGAAAAUGGAACUCCAAAAUAUCUUCUUCAUCUGUAAAAGACGAAAUUAAAAAUUCCAUAAAUUUGCUAUUUAAAAAUCAUAAGCUGUAAAACUUUCAGUAACUGUGAAUUACAUUAAAAUUUUAUAAAUAUGACAAA